GCAAGAGUCCCGCUCUUUCGCUCACUUGAGCGGUGUGUUUCUGUAACUCUUAAGCAAUAGACAAUGGCGGACAGGGACCUUAGCUUGAAUGAAAUAAAGAAGGAGAAUGUCGACUUGGAGAGGAUUCCGAUUGAAGAAGUGUUUGAGUCGCUGAGAUGCACGAGAGAUGGCUUGACGAGUGAGGAAGGGCAGAAGAGAGUUGAGAUUUUCGGUCCUAAUAAGCUUGAAGAGAAAGAGGAAAGCAAGUUUCUGAAAUUCUUGGGGUUUAUGUGGAAUCCUCUAUCAUGGGUUAUGGAGGUUGCUGCCAUCAUGGCCAUUGCUUUGGCAAAUGGAGGAGGAAGGCCACCGGACUGGCAGGAUUUUGUUGGUAUAGUGGUGUUGCUGCUCAUCAACUCAACUAUAAGUUUCAUAGAAGAAAAUAAUGCAGGGAAUGCUGCAGCUGCACUUAUGGCUGGUCUUGCUCCCAAAACCAAGGUUCUAAGAGAUGGAAGGUGGAGCGAGCAAGAAGCUGCAAUAUUGGUGCCAGGAGAUAUCAUCAGCAUCAAGUUGGGAGAUAUCAUCCCUGCAGAUGCUCGUCUCCUGGAGGGUGAUCCCCUGAAGAUUGAUCAGUCUGCCCUCACGGGCGAGUCCUUGCCUGUAACAAAGCAUCCUGGCAGUGAAGUUUUCUCUGGGUCUACUUGCAAGCAAGGUGAGCUUGAAGCUAUUGUAAUCGCCACUGGAGUGCACACCUUCUUUGGUAAAGCUGCUCACCUCGUUGACAGCACUAAUCAAGAGGGGCACUUCCAAAAGGUGUUAACGGCCAUAGGAAACUUCUGUAUCUGCUCCAUUGCAUUAGGCAUGGUCAUAGAAAUAGUGGUAAUGUACCCAAUCCAGCGCCGGAAAUACAGAGAUGGAAUUGUAUUCACAAAGAAUGUUGACAAGGAUUCUGUAAUCUUGCUAGCCGCGAGAGCUUCUAGGGUUGAAAACCAGGACGCCAUUGAUGGUUGUAUUGUUGGAAUGCUAAGUGACCCUAAAGAGGCCAGAGCAGGUAUCACAGAGGUGCACUUUUUCCCUUUCAAUCCAGUGGACAAGCGUACAGCAAUCACAUAUAUUGACUCCGAUGGCAGUUGGCAUCGAGUCAGCAAAGGCGCACCAGAACAGAUUAUUGAACUUUGCAACCUUGGGGAAGAUGCCAAGAAGAAAGCUCACACCAUUAUCGAUAAAUUUGCUGAUCGAGGACUUCGGGCUCUUGCUGUUGGCAGACAAACAGUGCCAGAAAAAAGCAAGGACAGCCCGGGAGGACCAUGGCAAUUUGUGGGUAUCCUACCUCUCUUUGAUCCUCCAAGGCAUGAUAGUGCUGAGACAAUCCGACGUGCCCUUGAUCUUGGUGUCAAUGUUAAGAUGAUCACUGGUGAUCAGCUAGCCAUCGGUAAGGAGACUGGUCGCAGGCUUGGUAUGGGAACCAAUAUGUACCCUUCAUCGGUACUCCUUGGACAAACAAAAGAUGACAAUGUCGAUGCUCUAAAUGUUGAUGAACUUAUUGAGAAGGCUGACGGAUUUGCUGGCGUCUUCCCUGAGCACAAAUAUGAGAUCGUGAAGAGGCUUCAAGAUAGGAAGCAUAUCUGUGGCAUGACUGGAGACGGAGUAAAUGAUGCACCAGCUCUCAAAAAAGCAGACAUUGGAAUUGCAGUUGCUGAUGCAACAGAUGCGGCUAGAAGUGCAUCGGAUAUAGUCCUUACAGAACCAGGACUGAGUGUCAUCGUGAGCAUUGGAUGGGGAUGGGCUGGUGUUAUCUGGCUCUACAGCAUAAUCACCUACCUCCCACUGGACAUCCUCAAGUUUAUUAUCCGAUAUGCUUUGAGUGGCAAGGCCUGGGAUAAUCUACUCCAGAAUAAGACUGCCUUCACAACCAAGAAGGAUUAUGGAAGAGGGGAGAGGGAGGCACAGUGGGCUCUCGCUCAACGCACCUUGCACGGCCUCCAACCUCCAGAAUCAGAACUCUUUAAUGAGAAAAGUAACUACAGGGAGUUGUCUGAGAUUGCUGAACAGGCCAAACGCCGUGCUGAAGUUGCCAGGUUGAGGGAGCUUCACACUCUCAAAGGACAUGUUGAAUCAGUGGUGAAACUUAAGGGACUUGAUAUUGAGACCAUCCAGCAACACUACACUGUCUGAAAGAGGUCAGCAACCAGUUUUGAGAGGCAGAACUGGGUUAUGAGAAACUGAAACAUAUUCUAGUUUGCCUUCGCUUCCAGUAUAAUCUUCUUCUAGGAGAAAGCCAGGAUAGGAAUAAGAUUAUUUUUUCUUGGGACAGACUGCAAAGAUGAGGAAUAAGAAAUUGUUUUAGAUGAAAGCAAGGAUCAGGAAUAAGAGAAGUUCUUAAGUUGUUGAGGAAGUUUUUAGAUUUGGAAUGAGAGUAUUCUAUGGUACUAUGAGGUUUUAUUUGUUAUAUUUCAUUCAAUGGUGAUUC